GAGGACUGUGAGAGGGGAUAGGAGGGAGGGUGAGUGAGGUUUUUGGCGCUGCUAAUUGAAUCCAGAUUAGCUUAGCUUAGCCUAGCCUGCGAGCACUCGGAGAGAUAUCAGCGCUGCGCUUUACUCCAGCUGGAGACACGGAGCAAGAACCAGACAGGACCACUAAACGGUGAAAAUGACAACCCCGAAGCCUCGCAGCAUGCUCCGGGAGGCGUCUCAUCAGAUCAUAGCCGGUGGCUCCGCCGGUCUGGUAGAGAUCUGCUUGAUGCAUCCCCUCGACGUGGUGAAGACGAGGUUCCAGAUCCAAAGAGGGACCAGUGACCCGACCAGCUACAAGAGCCUGGGCGACUGCUUCCGGACGAUCAUCCGCAGUGAAGGAGUCUUUGGCUUCUACAAGGGAAUUUUACCUCCGAUUCUGGCCGAGACGCCCAAGAGAGCAGUCAAGUUCUUCACCUUUGAGCAGUACAAGAAGCUGCUGAAUCUGACCCCUUUGUCGCCUGCUGUGGCGCUGUCUGCAGCAGGGCUCGGCGCAGGCUUGACUGAAGCUGUUGUCGUCAAUCCGUUCGAAGUGGUGAAAGUCAGUCUGCAGGCCAACAGAGAUUCCUUCAAAGAGCAACCCUCCUCUUUCGCCCAAGCAAGACGCAUAAUUAAGUCAGACGGAUUCGGUAUGAAGGGCCUGAAUAAGGGAUUAACGUCGACGCUGGGACGCCAUGGAGUUUUCAACAUGAUCUACUUUGGCUUCUACUUCAAUGUCAAGGAUGCUAUUCCUACCAACCCGGACCCCACCCUUGAGUUUCUGAGGAAGUUUACCAUCGGCCUUGUGUCGGGGACCAUCUCCUCGUGCGUGAACAUUCCCUUCGACGUCGCCAAGAGCCGCAUCCAAGGCCCUCAGCCAGUGCCGGGGGAGAUCAAGUACCGCACCUGCUUCCAGACCAUGGCGCUGGUGUACCGCGAGGAAGGGUACUUGGCUUUGUACAAGGGGUUGGUUCCCAAGAUAAUGAGGCUUGGACCAGGUGGAGCAGUGAUGCUGUUGGUCUAUGAAUAUGUGUCUGGAUGGCUUCAGAGAAACUGGUAAAAGACAGAGAGAGAGAGAGAGAGAGAGAAAAGGAAACCCACAUUAGUGCCUUAUGAAUUGUGCCUCAUUGCCAGUAUUGUUAACUGACCACAUCAAACCAAAAUGCAAAAUACCAAAUCAGCAUUACAAUAUUUCUUAGAAUGCAGGGAGGGAGAAUGUCAUGACUAAGUAAUCUUCUCAGGAAUUGAGACCAGCUGCGAUAUGUGAAGAGUGACAAAUACAUAUCUAAUAGAAAACAGCUUUCAAUAAGUCUUAAAGUCCUCAAAACCCGAUUCUCUCAAUGAGCUGCUUGCAGCGAAAUCCAACAUGAACACUAUUGUCUUUCAAAUUUAAAACAGCUUUGGUUGUCUCACAUGAGCUAUUUAUGGGGGGGGGGUUCUGUGUGGUCCUCUGACUGGUUUGAAGUGGGCAGUGCUCAUUUGGAAAAAAGACAUUUUAUCACAUACUUUUAUGCAUUGAUCAGAGUAGAGCAACUUUUAAAUCCGGAGAUAAUGACUUAACUCUUAUCUCUAUCGAGCCACACACAUAAUCCUGAUGAAGGAGAUUCCACCAUAAUAAAUACUUAAUGUUACAUCAAAAUACUUACAUUUAUGACAUAAAAUUAAUAAAAGUAAAUGGAAUUUUCAGGAGCAGUAAUGAAUGAAGUGCAGGGUGUGUUUACAUGACAAUCACUAUGUCUAUCUAUAGCUAUACUUGAAAAAACACUACAUGAACAUAACUCAGUUUGUCAGUCAGUAUUGCUCUGCUGCAUCAUCCAUCAGAACUUCAUCUUUGUAGAAGCUGCUAGUAAAAUCAGCUACAGCUCACAUACUUUCUACAGCUGUGGAGGGAUGCACAUGUGUCUGUACAUAUUAGUGAUACCGAUUAACCAUCUGAACCCCAAGCAGUUUCUGGGCAAAUUUUUUUUAUUUUUUUUGGUUCCUGUUGCGUUUGUACUCACUGUGGCCUUGUUUCUUUCUGCAGUAUAAAGUCCUGCACCUCUAUGGAAACAGCACAACCGUAGCUAGAAGAAGAGAAAAUUAGAAAAGUCUUUCAUACAGUGUAACAAAGAUAUACCAUAACUCAUAAAAAAAAGCAAAAGUUGAUUAUCGACUAUUUUACAUAAUUUUACAAUAUUUUUGGUAAAACCUGUAAUCAACUUAUGCAUUUUUCCAAGUGCCAAUACUAGAAAAAAUGCGCUGAACAUACUAUAAAUAUUCCGUUGUUAUUUUAAAAAUUUUCCCCCCAUACUUGUCUCCUCUCUGCUCUGAGUAAACACAACCUGCAGUUCAGCUGAGCUCAAAUGACAACUCAAUUGUUCAACUUGUUUUGUGGCACCCAUCUAGGCUAUUUUCUCCUGACUAGAUCCUUGCUUGUGUUGUAUCUACUCUCAGAUGCACGUCGCUUUGGAUAAAAGCAUCCGCUAAGUGAAAUUAUAGAAUUUUAGAAUUGUACAUGACUGUUGAUUGCAGCUGAGUUAAUAUUGCCUUCUCAGUUGUACCAAAAAGUGCAGGAUGUUUAGUUUUUUACAGAAUACGCUUAUUGCAAACAAUUUGUUUUUGGCGUAUUUUUUAAGCGAGACUUUAAAUAAAUAGAUUUUUAUUUUCCCAGAAACUGCAUAGCACAGACGAGGAAUUCUUAAAUGUUUUUUAAAGGUAAAAUACCUCUCAAUCCUGGGAGCAGGUUUUGGGGGUUCAGAGGCUUAAUAGGGUUGACCAUUGAUUAAAUUAUGUCAGUUUUACAUACUUUUUGUUGACAUUAUUAAAAAAAUGUCCACAGACCUGAAAUAGCACAUUAAAUAUAAGUUAACUCUGGAAUUAGCAGGGAAAUUGGCAAAACAGCCUGUUGAGUUAAGCAAGCGUACAUUAUAAUUCAAGAUUAGACAGAAUACGGAGAUGUUUCCUGAUAUCAGAUGAGCUAAGAUAUAUAAGAUAAAUCCGGAAACGGCAGCACUGCAGAGCCAAAAAAAAUCACACAAUUCACUUAAUGCAGCAUAUUUCCUUGCUAAUAAAUGCACAAAUAUCGGCAUCAUAUCUAAGCCAUAUCAGUCGACCAGUAGCUUGUAUACAUCUUGAUUCACGAACUCAGAUAUAAAACUGUGCUCACACCCAUAGUGCCAAUUUUUACAGAAUAUCUCAAGCAAAGCAAACAGCCACAGUAGUGAUUUUAGUAGAAUUUCCACCAGUGAUGUUGUUGAUGCUGUUUUUAAAUGAAUAUCUUUGAUGUUUCAUGAGUUUUAUAACCUGACAUUUCAAGCUUGUCUUACUAAACAUUGUGUUGAUUUCACUUGUUUUUAAUCUCAGCUUCAAAGCGGAGCAGUUUUGGACGGUUACUUGCAUGUAUUGGUGGCAAAUAAAAUGAAGAAAAAAAACCCA